AUGGCUGCUUUGAAUAACUGGCCUAGGCUAGUUCGACAGAUACCGAAGAUUGGACAUGUCGAUGUAGUGGCAUCGAGCAGAUUUGCUCGCCGGGAACUCCAUACUAAAUAUCGUCCUCGUGUUGACGGUGCCCUAAGUGAAAAGCAACGUGUGCUUCGAGCUUGUAUUCUGGGCUUAGGUGCUACUCCAUUGCUGAUCUAUGGCUUCUCAAAUUACAAUCUCGCCGUUCUGCAUGCAGAAAGCCCCCCUGCUCCAGCGGAGGUCCAAAUAGAGAAGCGUCGCAAGACCGCUGGCCUUUCGAAGGAAGAUAACCGAGAUUCAAUCAGCUCACAGCACUUUCAGGUCAAAAGAAGCUGGGAGAACCCUGGCGUCUAUGCUUGGGGUUCCAACAGUGGAAAAGUCGUUGCGCCUGAUUCUGAUGAGACACAGAUCAAGACGCCUCGAAGAAUCCCGUAUUUCGAUGGUCUGCUGCUACGAGAUCUAAAGCUUGACCAGAACUUUGGAGCUGCAAUCACAGAGAAAGGCGAUCUGCUUCAAUGGGGAGUUGGAUUUGCUAAAGAUCAAGCACAGCCAACGCCUACGCUUGUGGGUAAGAACCUCAAAUCAAUCAGUUUCUCGGGGGAUAGGAUAAUUGCCCUUGGUUCGAAUGGCAAAGUGUACUCACUACCGAUAUCCCAAAAUGAUCAAGCUCAGGGGCCGAAAAGGUUAGAGAGCACGUGGAUACCAUUUUGGACUUCUCGCUCUAAGGUAAGCUAUCGCACGAUAGAGCCUUCCAAUUUGUCAUGGAACGAGAAGGUCUCCUCCAUCAGCGCAGGCUUGGAGAGUCUCCUCAUACUCACGUCAUCUGGGCGAGUCUUCAGUGCCGCAGCUAGUAGCGAAGAAUUCCCGUCUCGAGGCGAAAUGGGAAUUCCAGGCCUCACAUGGUCAUCAAGACCUUCUGGCCCCUACGACCAACCACAUGAAAUAUCUACUCUCCGUGGCUUCGACAUAGCUGCCAUCGCCUCUGGAGACUACCACUCACUCGCCCUUGACAAAGAAGGUCGAGUCUUCUCCUUCGGAGACAAUACAUCUGGCCAACUCGGAUUUGACCCUAAUCUUGAAUCGCCCUACAUCGACGCGCCUUCUCUCAUUCCAAUUUCUCGUCUCUAUGCUGGCACAAGUCUCUCGCCUCGCGUUACUUCAAUAGCUGCCGGUGGCUCCAAUUCUUUCUUUACCGUUGACGCAACGCAGGUCUCUCAGCGCGGCGAAACAGGGCCUAACAGACUUCUCGGUCGUAUAACGGCCGAUACCUGGGCAUGUGGAUCCGGUAUCCUAGGAACCCUAGGCACAGGCCGCUGGACGCACAUUCAGGGGAGCCCGCAGAAAAUCAAGCCAUUGAGCGGCCUGUUCGAGUGGGACGAGAUCAACAAUUUGGUAGUUCCCAUACGGCUGAAGUCAUUGUCCGUGGGUAGUACUCAUGUAAGUGCAACGAUGGACAAUGUGACACAUGUGGGUACAGGUGAAAGCAAAUCAACAGACUCCAGAAAUGAUACAAACUGGGGAGCCGAUGUUGUGUGGUGGGGCGGGAACCAAAAUUAUCAACUGGGGACUGGGAAGAGAAAUAAUGCCAACACGCCGCUUUACAUUGCGCCAUUGGAUUAUGAGGCCGAGUUGGUAAGGGCGAAGAGGAAGGAAGAACACCGGUUUCAGAUCACACCGCGGCAUACAGUCAAGAUUGGUGGAGGUAGGAAGUAUCAUCUAUUGUCUCAAUUACCAACAAUGAUGCACAAAGCUGGCUACGAACUGUUUUCGCCGCAAGAUGUGGCUUUCCUUAAACGGAACCCGAAAUUCUCCUACGCAAAGAAUCAUUGUGAUAUUGAACUUGCGCCACAACUCGGAACCCCAAGACCUACGACAACCUUAGUAGAGCCGAUGCGAGCCAAUACUCCGACUUCGAAUGUGUGGAGGAUUGCGCUUGUUUCGCGCUUUGCAAAAAGACGUCAGAAGCGGCGAUUAUGCGACUUUGUCUUGCAGAGUAGCGUCUACCGUGUGGCCGCUUCCCCUGCCACAGCCGAAAAGGUCAACCAUGGUGACAGUAUACCGCCCAUGAUGUACCAAUCACUCGCAGGACCAAUUCUUUCAACACUCGUUUUCUCUCUACUAUCCCUCGCUCUUCCAGCAACGCCUGCACAACCCUUCGGCUCGAUCCUUUACCCAGACAAAGCCUACGAUUUUGCUCCAGGCGACGCAAUACAAGUAGUAUGGACGCAAUCAGUCGUGAACAGCACAUUUCAACUCUGGUGCGACGUAGGUGAUGGAUAUGAGGGUAAACAUGACCCCUCUCCUCCCUCCCCUUGUCCGGAAUCUCGUCCCAGACACAACAUCCGACUAACACAGUCCGCACGCCCAGCUGUCUAUUCAACAGACAUCAUAAACGACGACCAAGACCCAUACCUAAAAUUCAACGUCUUCCUCUACACCUGCCACGGCACAGACUGCUACUUCGCCGUCUCCUCCGGCCUCAGGCAAGUCCCACCACCCGAACCCGCCUCCGCCGUCUCCAACAUCACCAACGGUAUCAACUCCGGCCCCGUCCCCGUCCCCGUCAACAGCACAGUCGCCUCAGCCAAGAGAGCACGUGCUGAUACCACCACCGAUGACACCUCCUCCUCCGCCUCCGAUAGCCAAGACGCAGAUUCUAAUGACUAUGCAGAGAGCGUACAUUUCAACAUCACAGUCUGGGACGUGAGCGGGGAUAAUUUGGGGAUCAGUGGGCCUGGUGGUGCGGGGAGGAACAGGCCGCCGCCCGGGGUGCAAUGGAGUCUUGCGGCUAGCCCGCCGCAUACGAGUUUUCCGGAGGUGCCGGGGACGGCGAACGAUACGUGUGGAAAUGGUUGA